AAAAAAUAGUAAAUAUUCUCUUAGAUGACGAAAAUGUCCUCCUCAAGUUUCUGUCAAGGGUUACAAUCAUGUCUUGAGCCUUGCUUCGAAGAACCACGUGUUUUGGGGCUCAGUUUGGCUCCACCCAAAUCCAUGUUUUCUCGAUCAAAUUCUCCUUCUAAUUCUUGUUUCAGUUCUCUUGAUACCCUCAAAACUGAGUCCCACACUGAAGAUAACAAGUCCUUCAUCCACGCAAACACAAAGACAAACACAAACAGCCAUGAUUGUGACGUGAAAAGUGAAAAAGUUGUUGACUUAGGAGGCUGGAGUUUCCUCAAGUGCGUCAACUAUACUUCUCCUAAUACUGAGACUGACAAAGUUUACGUUCAUCCUCUGGUUAAACGUGCGGCUACUUCACUUAGCACGAAGAGCCUUGAAAUGUGCACUGAGAGUCUGUUCAGCGAGACGGGUAGUGAUCAAGUGAGUCAAAACGGUGAUGACAUUUCCAUGUUUUUACCGGAAGCAGAACCUGAGAUUUGUUAUACAAAACAAGAACCCACAAAACCGCCUCCGAGUUUAAGUUUUGUGACGAAAAGAACAAACCGUUGUGCUAGUUUUCCUCCUCCUUUAACAUCUGUUGCCGGAGUUCAAGUGAGGCCUCAUCGCGAAGGCGGGCGUCUAGUUCUAGAAGCCGUCACUGUCUCUCCUUCCCACACCUACUUUCAUGCAGAACGCAGAGGUGGAAGGUUGAGGCUUUGUUUGAUGAGGGACGUUUCUGACAAAGCAGAAGCAGAAGAAGAAGAAGAAGAAGAAGAAGAAGAAGAAGCAGAAGAAGAGUUCGGCGAAGAAGAAGAAGAGUUCGGCGAGGAAGAAGUUGAAGAUGAAGAAGAAGCUGACUGGGGUGAGGAUAUCGAAGGAAAUAAUAAAAAAAUUAAGGGUGAAAAUCUGCGGAUGCCAAGCAGAUGCAAAGAAGGUGAACGUGGAAACAAAGGGCUGCUUAAUUGGAAGCCAUAUUGGGUGGCUACUUGAACUUUCAAAGCUACCCUCUUGCUCUCUCUCUUUCAUCACCAUAUGGAAUUGCUCGCUUUCUCUUUUAGGUUUUUUUUUUUUUUCAA